ACCAUAAUGAGGUGAAGUCGGAGACAGUGACUAAAUUGGUUAACAUUUGACUUGAACCGGGCUGAUGGAGACGCGAAUUUGGUUUUUGCUGUUUUUUUCGGGGUUUUGCUUUUCGCAAACACCGCCAAAUGAUGCCCGAUCUGGAACCAUUUUACAAGGAACAGACGCACCUGCUACUACUACUGCCAGUGCUCCUCCAAGGAAUACGGAUCCCCUGGGUUUGCUGGACAACUACCAACCACAAGUUACAUCUUCCGUUUUAAAGUUUAUAGCUGAGAUACAAACGAGAAGUUUGGAGAAUGCUAUUACUAUACAGGCCCAGUUAAAUGAUCUAGCAUAUAGUCGAACACCUCUGAUUCCAGAUCCACGGUACUUUGAUCCAUCUAGAUCCAGGGUAAAACGGCAAGCCACAUCAGAUGAUGACGCACUACCCGAAGACCUGUUAAGAAUACUUGGUAGAGAUUCAGUCGAUCAAUCCACGCAACAGGAACCUCCACGUCAGCCUGGUACCUUGAACCCGCCAUCCGGUUUACCACGCCCAGAUCCAAACAACGGACCACCGUCACCAGGGUUAUUCAGACAACCUGGCGGCUUUGAUCUUCCGACAGGAUUACCACGCCCCGGCCCAAUCAUCAGAGGACAACUUCCACCUUCUAAUUUCUAUCCAGGUUCAGAUCCCCGUUAUCAACGACCAUCUGGAGAAACCCCGAUUUUGAACCAAAGUCCCCCACCACAAUACCUGAGAGGUCCGUCACAACCGCUGCCUUACCAAGCCUAUCCGAGUGCUCAAAACAGUGGUGGUGAUCAAACUGGCGACAGAAACACGGGUGACAACUCAAGGGACCAAAAUACACCUAUAAAUCGAACCCCAACUCUAAUUAGGAUUCAUCCACGGCUACCUGCAUCCGAUAAUGGACAACAGAAUUCGGCAGGAACUCAAUCGGCACCCAAUGGUCAAAGGACGCCGUUAGGACAACAACAGCCUCCACGCACUGGACUCACACAGGGUGGAAUACAACGACCGCCAGCAUUCAAUCGUGACCAGCCCAGAACCCCAACAUUAAAUGGACAACCAACAGCAGGUAGACCGAGACCUCCAGUAUUCGGCAACCCGACGCCUACUAAUUUCAGGGGCCCUGCUAUUCCCCCUGCAGGAUCAGACGGACAACGACGGCCAAUACCCCCAAGUGCUAACAGGCAACCGAAUCUUCCCCCAGUUAACUUUAGAGGCCCACCUUUCCCACAAGCUGCCCCAGGACAGCAAGGAAGACCCGAGACACCUACUUAUAACGGACAAACAAAUAAUAGGCCUGUUAAUUUCAGAGGUCCUUCUUUCCAACAAAGACGAUCCCAGCCAUCCACUAAUAACGAACAAUCUAAUCUUCCACCGAUCAAUUUUAGAGGCCCUCCUGGUUCAGGACAGCAAGAGAGACCACUUACUCCUACUAAUAACGGACAACAGAAUCGUCCACCAAUUAAUUUUAUACGGCCUCCUGUCCGAUCUUCUGGUUCGGGACAGCAAGAAAGGCCCGUGCCACCUCAAAAUAACAGAGUCAUCAAUACUCCAGUUUGGCGCCUUCCUCUAUAUCGUUACCCCAAUAGAGGGGUAAUAAACAACAGUUCCUCCGUACCAGGUCCAACUUACGUGCCACAGGUUGUCAACUGGUCCGACCCUAGAAACAGACCAGCUGCAGGAAAUGACUACAACCGAUACACGCCACCUAUUUCUCCCUAUACUCCGAGUAAUCCCAACUUAGCGGAUUGGUUUGAUCAGUUCGACAGACAGUUGGAUCGCACGGAAGAUCAACAGCGCAACCAGCCCCCAUUGUACCCAAAUAAUAAUAUUGGUCAGCCUGACGGAACUUACCCUACUUACAAUAAGAAUUAUCCAUACAACCAGAAUCCUAAUUCAAGGUAUCCAUAUAGCCCAGAAUAUGGCUACAGCUAUCCGUACAAUGGUGCUAAUCAGCAACCCAGACCCACGCCAUAUCCUGGAGCUACCCCCAACCAAUACAGAUACCCAAACAAUCCUUACUACAGACCUUCACCCGAUUAUGGUGAUAACCUUUUAUCCGGCUACAAUAGAGGGAACGUACCAACUAGACAACCGUUUGUAAAUCCAGGGGCAGGGCCAACCCGCCCAAACACACCUUACAAUCUACCCCCGUACCCGAACCCACUUCAACCAUCUACCCCAUAUAUCCAAAGACCAGGACCCAAUCGAUUAUCUCCACUAGGACAAACACCAAGUAACCCAAUACGCCCAUUUCCCCCAACAUUAACACGAUCUGGCACCCUGGCCUCGCCACCCAACGACCAAGCUGGAUCUCCUCGUAUUGGACAACCACCAGCUCUUAGAGCAGUAGCUGGUGAAGAAGAACACGACGAACCGUACCAAAAUGUUCUCCAGAAUCUCAAUAGGUACCGAAAUCUUAUCCCAACAUUGCGAGCAGUGGGACAGGGAACAUCCGGACAACAGCAACAGGAACCAAGCUACGUAAAGGCUCUCGCCGUUCUUCGAUCUUUUAUUCCUGGAGAGACGUUUGUCUACAAUGGCUACAUAGUCCAGAAUUUCUACAUCUAUGGUGAUUACGAGAUGGCUAAAGAACAUUUCAGAUCAUUACCAAAUGUGAACGUUACUUAUUCAGACACGGACAAAUAUUCGGGUUAUACGGGUACCAUUCAAAAUUACCGAGUUACGCUGUGUGAAGCAUGUGGUUUAGGGCAAAGAUAUCCCGUUAUUGAAAUUGUGGGAUUAACAAAAGUCUAUCCUGGGGUUGUAAAGAGAUUUCUGUACAGCCCGAGCUAUGAUCCAAUGGUAGAUCCAAUGAUUAAUCCAUUAAACGCACCAACUGGAGUUGUACCAACAGUACCACCAGUGUAACGCUAAAUAAAAAUCGUAAUUUAA